UUCACCCCCCCCCCCCCCCCACCCCCCUACAGUCAUGGCGGUUCUUCCUCUGAGGGUGAAAAUGCUGCGGCAGGUCUGGAGGAUGAAGGACAUCUUCAUCCUGGUCUGCAGUCCCUUCAUCCUGCUGCCACUGGCCCUGAGCACCAAGGCGGCCGCCUGUGCUUACGUCAUCGCCCUGAUGGCGGUGUACUGGUGCACCGAGGUCCUGCCGUUGGCGGUGACAGCUCUGUUACCGACCAUUCUGUUUCCUGUCCUGGGCAUCAUGGAGUCUAAAGACGUGUGUAUGCAGUACCUGAAGGACACCAACAUGCUGUUCGUGGGUGGACUGAUGGUGGCGCUGGCCGUGGAACACUGGAACCUCCACAAACGCAUCGCCCUCAGGGUCCUGCUGCUGUUCGGGGUCCGACCGGCUCUGUUGAUGCUGGGCUUCAUGGGCGUGACGGCCUUCCUGUCCAUGUGGAUCAGCAACACCGCCACCACGGCCAUGAUGGUCCCCAUCGUCCAGGCCGUUCUGGACCAGCUCCAGGGUAACGUGGACCCAGAGCCGUCCUCCAGGACGCAGGGACCAACGGUUGUCCUCCACCAUGAAGAUCAGGGGAAAUGUGUCCCACAGAGUCUGGACCCAGGUGUGAACGGGUCGACGCCGACGCAGGAGAACCCACAGGAGAACCCACAGGAGAACCCACAGGAGAACCCACAGGAGAACCCACAGGAGAACCCGGUCCCGGAGACACCCACACCUCAGGACAAACCUCCGUCAGACCAGAGCAGGACCCCGUCUGCCGUGGUGUCCGUGGGCUGCCAUCAGAUGGAGCUGGAGGAGCUGAGUGACGUGGAGGAGGAGAAGAGGAACAUGAGCAAAGGCCUCCUCCUGUGUGUGUGCUACGCCGCCAGCAUCGGAGGCAUCGCCACGCUGACCGGAACUGGACCCAACCUGGUGCUGAUUGGACAGAUGGGCCAGCUCUUCCCUCAGAACGGUGACGUCAUCAACUUUGCUUCCUGGUUUGCGUUUGCGUUCCCGACCAUGGUGCUGAUGCUGACGCUGGCCUGGUUCUGGCUGCAGGUUCUCUACGUCGGCUGCAACCUGAGGAAGACCUGGGGAUGUGGGACGGUCCGGUCGGAAAAAGAACGGGCCGCGUACGAGCUCAUCCGACAAGAACACCUUCAACUGGGACGGAUGAGCUACGGGGAGGUGAGCGUCCUGUCCCUCUUCAUCCUGAUGGUGGCGCUGUGGUUCACACGGGACCCUCGCUUCAUGGACGGCUGGGCGACGCACGUGUUUAACUCCAACGCUGAGUUCGUCACUGAUGCGACCGUCGCCCUCUUUAUCUCUGUCUUGUUAUUUGUUCUUCCCUCUGAGCCCCCGCAGUACCUGUGCUGCUGGAGGAGGAGCUCUGACACAGAGUCCCAGGGGUCACGAGGCCCCGCCCCUUCUCUGCUCACCUGGCAGGUGACGCAGAAGAAGAUGCCCUGGAACAUCGUGCUGCUGCUGGGGGGGGGGUUCGCCCUGGCCAAAGGAAGUGAGGAGUCUGGUCUGUCUCGUUGGCUCGGGGCUCAGAUGACUCCGCUCCAGUCCAUACCUCCCUGGGCCAUAGCUGUGGUGGUCUGCCUCCUGGUGGCCACCUUCACUGAAUGUGCCAGCAACGUUGCCACGGACUUCCUCCCCAUCCUGGCCUCCAUGUCUCAGUCCAUGAGCCUCAACCCUCUGUACGUCAUGAUUCCCUGCACCCUCAGCGCCUCCUUCGCCUUCAUGCUGCCUGUGGCCACGCCCCCUAACGCCAUCAUCUUUUCCUACGGUCUCCUGAAGGUGUCCGACAUGGCCAGAACGGGAGUGGUCAUGAACAUCAUUGGCAUCGGCUGCAUCAGCCUGGCCAUAAACAGCUGGGGUCGACUCAUGUUUUCUCUGGACUCCUUCCCGCCGUGGGCAAACACCACCACGCCUCUUUAGCCCCGCCUUCCCGUUCCACAACCGGUGACCACAAACGUGUCCGGUCUCCAGGCCUCGACUCUGAAGUCCAGACUCCGACUCCUGACUCUGGACUUUGACUGAAACCUCAUUGUAGUGAAAGGUUUGAAUCCUCACACCUCAGGCUGAGACCUGGACCUGAGCCACCGUCUGGACUCGGAGCCACAGCGCUGCCCGGUGGACAGACGGUCUGGUUUUUCUUUGCGACCUCUGUGACCUCUGUGUUUGUUAGAAAAAUACUUUUGUAUCAUUUUCUAUUUAAACUUUAACCUAGUCCUGGUUGUUUAUAUCUUUUGUAUCGUCCUCUUUCUAACACUUUUGUUUGGAGUAAAAUAAACAUAAACAUGUGAUGAAGUCAGA